AUGGGCUCAGGCCUGCCGUUAGCUGCUUUCGAACAGGCCCUACUUGAACUUCCCGAUGUGAUCGCCACAGAUUCUGGCUCCACUGACUCCGGGCCGCAUUACCUGGGCACGGGCAAGACCAAAUCGUCAGUCAUGGUGCUCAAGUCUGAGCUGCGCACCUUGAUGAUCGCCCGGGCAAAACUGGGUAUCCCAUUAAUCGUGGGUAGUUGCGGAACCUGCGGCUCGGACGAUGGCGUCAACAUGAUGCGUCGGCUCAGCGAGGAGCUGGCAAUCGAACUGGGCCAGACCGUCCAAGUAGCAUGCAUCUACAGCGAACAGCUUGGCGAAACGGUAAAGACGGCUCUAAGGGAAGGGCGCAUCAGCUCCCUGCAACCCCAGCGAGAAAUUGACGAAGCGCUGAUUGAUCGGUGUUCUCAUAUUGUCGCCGUGAUGGGCAUAGAACCGUUCAUACAUGCGCUCAGUAAGGGCGCAGAUAUUAUUUUUGCGGGUAGGGCGACCGACACGGCGGUGAUGGCUUCGUUGCCGAUCAUGCGCGGUGCCGCACCGGGCGCUUCCUGGCAUGCUGGCAAGAUUCUGGAGUGCGGUGCGAUGUGCACCACCACGCCGGGUAAGGCCGUGGUAAUGGCCACCAUUGAUGACCACGGCUUCACCUUGCAGGCCAUCGCCGACGGUGCGAAAGCGACACCGCGUUCGGUAAUGGCGCACAUGCUUUAUGAAAACAGUAACCCGUAUGUGCUCGUAGAGCCCGGUGGUUCGCUAAACGUCGAAGCCGCCACUUACACAGCGCUCGAUGAGCAAAGUGUUCGUGUCGAAGGCUCGGUAUGGACGCCAACGGAUACCUAUACCGUAAAGCUUGAGGGCGCUGCGCCGGCGGGAUACCAGUCCACCAUCAUGUGCAUCAUCCGUAACCCGAAGUACAAGGCGCGCUUCGAGGAAUGGCUUGCCUGCAUGGACGAGGCAAUGCACCAACGCAUUCGCAAGAGUCUCGAAAUUGAGGCUGCCGACUACGAUUUGCAGUUCCGCGCCAUUGGCAAGGAUUCGGCCUUGGGCAGCCUUGAGGCGCUCACCGGCGAUCCCGUUGAAAUCGGUGUUCUAGCCAUCGUCACAUCACCGGAUGAAACGCGCACUCGGGAAAUAUUGUCGCUGCUGAAUCCCUACAUGCUGCACUUCCCGCUGCCAGACGAUGAGUCGUUGCCCACGCACGCUUUUCCUUUUUCACCGGCCUCUAUGGACCGAGGCGUCGUCUACGAAUUUGUCCUCAAUCACGUGAUGACCGUCACCGACCCAUUGGCCCCAUUCGUUUUCGAGUUUUCUACCUUUGGAGUAUCCCAA